CAGAAGCCGGAGAAUGCGCUCAAGCGCGCGAACGAGCUCGCGACCAUCGGCAACAAGAAGGCGGCGCUCCAGGUGCUGCACGACGUGCUGACGGCGAAGAAGUCGCGGACGUGGGUCAAGGUCUUCGAGUCGAUCAUGUUCCGCUACAUCGACAUCUGCGUCGAGCUCCAGAUGCACCGCCACGCCAAGGACGGGCUCCACCAGUACCGCAACAUCUCGCAGCAGCAGGCGCCGCAGAGCCUCGAGGUCGUCAUCCAGUACCUCGUCAAGGCCGCGGAGACGCGGGCCUACGAGGCCGCGGCCGCGGCGAAGAAGGCGAACUUGGCGGCGGCGGCCAAGUCCGUCGCGGACCUCGACUGCGAGCAGACGCCCGAGUCCAUCAUGAUGUCGACGAUGACGGACGAGGGCGACGGCGAGCGGUCCGAACGCGAGGCGCUCGUGCCGUGGCUCAAGUUCCUCUGGGAGACCUACCGCAGUGUCCUCGACAUCCUGCGCACGAACUCCAAGUUGGAGAAGGUCUACCACGGCACGAGCGUCAAGGCCUUCGAGUUCUGCCGCAAGUUCGAGCGGAAGACGGAGCUCCGCCGGCUCUGCGAGACGCUCCGCCAGCACCUGUCGAACCUCCAGCGCGCGGCGGCGACGAACAACACGAGCCGCCUGCGCGGCUGGGAGGGCUGGACCCAGGAGGGCGUCGAGAUGCACCUGACGACGCGCUUCGCGCAGCUCGAGGUCGCGUCGGCGCUGGAGCUCUGGACCGAGGGCUUCCGGACCGUCGAGGACAUCCACCAGAUCAUGCGCAUCUCCAAGAAGCCGCCCAAGGCCAAGCUCAUGGCCAAGUACUACGAGCGCCUCACCAAAAUCUUCUGGGUGAGCGGCAACCACCUCUUCCACGCGUUCGCGUGGUGGCGCCACGCGCAGCUCGCCAAGGAGGCGGAGAAGCGGCCCGCGACGCCCGAGGAGCGGUCCCACCGCGCCUGCGCCGUGCUGCUGGCGGCGCUGGCCAUCCCCGACGCGGGCAACGCCGGCGGCGGGCCCCGGGAGGUCGCGGGCUUCGGGCUCGGCGACGCCGACCGGUCGCCCGAGGACGACGUCGACGCGGAGAAGAACGCGCGCAUGGCGACGCUCCUGGGCUUCGCGACGCACCCGACGCGGUCGGCCCUGCUGGCGGAGCUCACGGUGAACGGGGCGCUGGUGGACGCGGACCUGCUGCCGGCGCACGUCACGGAGCUCUACGACGCGCUCGAGUCCCGCUUCGAGCCGCUGCGCCUCGCGGCCAUCGUCAAGCCCCUCCUGGACCGGCUGGCGACGGAGACGCCGCGGCUGGCGCACUUCGCCGAGCCCCUGGCGCGGCUGGCCGUGUGCCGCCUGGUCGCGCAGCUCGGCGAGGUCUACUCGUGCGUGACGCUCGACCACUUCAAGUCGCUCCUCGGCGACCUGCCGCUGGACUACGACGACGUCGAGAAGCUGCUCGUGGGCGCGACGCCGACGGUCAAGGGCGCGGCGCCCGUGGCGCGCCUCGACUACCGCCGCAAGUGCCUGCGCUUCUCGUCGGCGCCGCGCGGCGGCGACCGGCCCUCCGCCGUCGCCGGCGGCGGCCGCGACACGCUCAGCGUCUUCGGCUUCAAGGUCGACGAGGCCCUGGACCACAUCCGCAAGGUCACGGCGCCGCCGCCGGAGGUUUUGGCGAAGCGCGCCGCGGAGCGCGAGCGGCUCUUCGCGGCGGCGCGCGACUCGGCCGACGCGGACCACGAGAAGUGCCUCGCGCGCAAGGCCGUCAUCGAGCGGCGCAAGGAGGAGCAGGAGCGGCUCCAGCAGGAGAAGGCCAAGGCGGAGGCCGCGGAGAAGGCGCGCCUCGAGGAGGAGCGCAAGAAGGACGAGGAGCGGCGCCUCGAGAAGGAGGCGCGCGACCGCGAGCGCGAGAAGCUC